UAGAUCUAUUUUAUAUAUAAUUAUCGUGAAUUACCGUCGAUCUAUGAAAAUUCAAAAAAAUUCAUAUCGAUGUGAUGAAAAGACAUUGAAUUUGUGAGAUUAUUUAAAGUUCGUCACGAAGAUAAGGUUCAUAUACCGCGGUUUGUCGCAACAGGUGGUUGAAGAGUGCAAUCUAGAUUCUAACCAAAUAUGUUACCAACGAGGAAUAAUUCAUUUUAAAGAUUGAUCAUAUAUAUUAAUAUCUUAUUUAUCCAUUUCCGUUUUUCCAAUUAUGUAAAUCGUCAAAUUUUUUUUUGUGCUGGCAGAAGUUAAUGACCUUUGUGAUCUCCUUGGACUAGAGUGCGAUAUAAAUGUGAAUUGGAAUACGGUUUCAUGUGAAGUAAUGUGAAUAUAUUUAAUUUCAAAAACUGAAGAGAAAUUUCGACGAAAAUCCGUUAAAAGAUUAAAAAUAGAAAAAAUUCAAACAAUGUCGUUCAUUUCUUUACACGACAAGUAUAAGAAGCCGAAUACGUGUCGGUGUUUAUCGGUAAGAAAAUCGAGCAAACCCAAACAACGAUGGAGCUGCAUUGAACCAUACAUGGGCGAUUACAUCAGGCACCCGGUGUACGAACUGUCGAGCAAGUAUGGAGUGGCUAGCAGUGACCAGGUGCCCUUGCCGGCUCGUCUCGACGAGCUCCGGGAGCACAUACGCCGAGAAAUACGCAAGGAGCUGAAGAUAAAGGCCGGCGCCGAGAAGCUGAGAGAAGUGGCGACCGAUCGUAAAGCGCUCUCCGACGUGGCGACGAUCGUGAAAAAGUCGAAUAGUAAGCUGAACGAACUGCAGGCCGAGCUUCAACAACUGGAGAGUCAAAUUAUAUUGACGCAGGGCCAGCCGCAGUCGCCCCAGCAAAAUCACUCGAACGGUCAAGACACGCCUCUGUCACCAAUGGGGCCGUCGUCGCCGAGUCAGGAGGGUCUAUUCACGGAUCUUCGCCUUUUGUCCUUGGAGAAGCAGCUCAAUAUCGAACUCAAGGUGAAACAGGGGGCGGAGAACAUGAUCCAGAGUUUGACGAGCGGAAGAGACAAAAAGUUGCUGCAGGAGGCUCAACAAAUGCUCGACGAUUCUCGCGCUAAAAUCGAGUUCCUACGUAUGCGAAUAAUGAAAGUGCGGCAAGCACGUCAACAACAACACGCGCGAGGCGAUGCGCCACCGCCUAAUGGCGAGACGACUAGCAAUAAAGACAGGUACGAGCCUAGUUUGGAGUUAGCGUUGGAGGAAAGGGUGGAGGAGCUACGACAUCGUUUACGAAUCGAAGCCGCGGUUGUGGAAGGGGCUAAGAACGUGAUACGUCUUUUACAAAGUGCCAAAGUCGCCGAUAAGAAGGCCUUAACGGAGGCUCAAGCAAGUCUUGCAGAAUCGAGUAGAAAGUUGGAUCUGCUGAGAUUAUCCCUUGAACUCAGAAGACAAGAAUUACCACCUGACAGUGGUACUGCUGCUCAAUUGAAGAGAGAAUUGGCUAGUGUGCAAUCAGCUAGCCCGGUUCCUGUAACUUACACGUCGUUACAACCAUUUCGCGGCCCUCUGGAGGGUAAAGCUACGGUGCCUGCUUCGGUUUCAAGAUGUGCUGCCGUUACUGGACAAUUAGAGGUAAGGUUAAUGGGAUGUCAAGAUCUAGCGGAAGAAGUGCCUGGUCGCACAAGAAGAGAACAUCCAGCAAGUCCAGAUCUACGCAGUUUUGUUAAAGGGGUUACAGGACGUAGUUCGAGCAAAUCGUAUAGUGUUAAAGAUGAAACAAGUAAUGAUAUUAUGGCAGUUAUUAAACUGGACAACCAAACAGUAGGACAGACUAGUUGGCGACCGUGCUCUCAACAAGCUUGGGAUCAAAGGUUUUCCAUUGAACUAGAUAAGUCGAGAGAACUUGAAAUAGGCAUUUAUUGGAAAGAUUGGAGAUCUCUUUGUGCUAUAAAAUUUUUACGUUUAGAAGAGUUUAUCGAUGAUGUGAGACACGGAAUGGCUCUGCAAUUGGAACCGCAAGGUCUUCUUUUCGCGGAAAUUAAAUUCUUGAAUCCUAUGAUUUCGAGAAAACCUAAAUUACAACGUCAACGCAAGAUCUUUAAACAACAAGUGAAAAAUUUCCCAAGAGCUAAUCAAAUGAACAUCAAUGUUGCAACUUGGGGUAGACUUUUGAAACGAUCGGCAGCUCCUUCAUUGCACAAUUCAAGAAAUUCUGAAAGCCCACCAUCAGGCCCACAACCUUUACAACUUGUUUUUGAUACUUCGGUAGAAGAUAAACCGGAAACACCCGGAGAGUUACCUGAUCCGGAGAAAGGAGGCUUAGGAGGCGCUAGACCAUUAGGAUUAUCGACUUCUAGUAGUCCUACAUUACCACGUCCUCCAGAACAUCCACCACCUCCACCACCCACAAUUACAAAAAAACCUUCAAUGCCCGCACCUCCACCACCACCAAAAUUAGAUCAAGAAUUACAGAGUGCAUUAAGGGAGUUUGAUUUCCUGCACAACGAAGAAAAGGGGGGUCCUCAGGGGGCAAAUUUGAGGCCUCUUGUAACAGAGCCUCGUCCUGUGCUGAUUGCACCACCCUCUCCACGCACACCCUCGCCCCAACCUGUCGUCGAGUUUCCUGAAGAUGAGGUUGUAUACGAAAUGCCGAAUAAGCCUUCUCAAUACAGAGACAGUGCCUACGAAUCUAGAAGACAUUCGCAACUUACUGGAAUGACCAUAGAUAAUUUUAGACUACUCUCUGUUCUUGGCCGCGGUCAUUUCGGAAAAGUAAUUCUAUCGCAAUAUAGAAAUACAGGAGAAUACUUCGCAAUAAAAGCGUUGAAAAAAGGAGACAUAAUAGCGAGAGAUGAAGUAGAAUCUUUACUUUCAGAGAAGAGAAUAUUUGAAGUCGCCAAUGCUACACGUCAUCCUUUCCUUGUAAAUCUUUUUGCUUGUUUUCAAACUGAGGCACAUGUGUGCUUUGUAAUGGAAUAUGCAGCUGGAGGAGAUCUUAUGAUGCAUAUACACGCGGAUGUAUUUGGAGAGCCACGAGCUGUAUUUUAUUCAGCUUGUGUUGUAUUAGGGUUGCAAUAUUUGCAUGAAAGUCGAAUUAUUUAUCGAGAUUUAAAAUUAGAUAAUUUAUUAUUGGAUACAGAGGGAUAUGUAAAAAUUGCGGAUUUCGGUUUGUGCAAAGAGGGAAUGGGAUAUGGAGAUAGAACAGGAACAUUUUGUGGUACUCCAGAAUUUUUAGCUCCUGAAGUGCUUACUGAAACAUCAUAUACGCGGGCGGUUGAUUGGUGGGGUCUUGGUGUAUUAAUAUUUGAAAUGCUUGUUGGUGAAUCACCAUUUCCUGGUGAUGAUGAAGAAGAAGUAUUUGAUUCCAUCGUGAAUGAUGAAGUUCGUUAUCCGCGGUUUCUUUCUUUAGAAGCAAUUGCGAUAAUGCGGAGGUUAUUAAGGAAAAAUCCUGAUAGAAGAUUAGGUAGUAGUGAAAGAGAUGCAGAAGAUGUUAAGAAACAAGCAUUCUUUAGGCAUAUAGCUUGGGAUGAUUUACUUCUAAGACGUGUAAAACCACCAUUUGUUCCAGUAAUUCAUUCUGUGGAAGAUGUCAGUAAUUUUGAUGAAGAAUUUACAUCAGAAAAACCUCAAUUAACUCCACCUAAAGAUCCUAGACCACUUAGUGAUUUAGAACAAAGUCUAUUUAAAGAUUUUACGUAUAUGGCUGAUUGGUGCUAGCCAUAAUUAUGUUAAUCAUUUUUUUGUUAAAUUUGAUACGCAAAUUAUUUAGCGUUUUAAUAUAUUUUCAAUUUUAGGGGCAAUCAAAUCGCAAUUAAUAACACCGAUGAUUAUAUAUUUGUUUAAUUUUCAAAAUAUGUUCCACAUUUCAUAAUGUUAUGUAUUGUACAGAUGUUUUAUUUUUAAUAUCAUGAUAUAAUCAGACAUAUAGAAUUAAAAAAAUUAUGUUCAACAACAUACGAAUCUCAGGUUUUUAACUAAUAUGUAUGAAUGUCAGAUUAACUUGUAGUUAUACAUUUAUCACAAUUGUUUCCAAUAUAUAAAUAAUUAUAAUUAUUUGACACACUUGAAGUAAUCAAGUGGAAGACCAGCAGUAAAACAUAAAUUGUAUAAGCACUUUUAUAAUAUGUUAAUAUUUUGAUAUAAAACUACAGUUUGGAACCUAAAUUUAUAAAGAUUUAUAUCAUUUAAUUAUAAAUCAUUAGAUCUCAUAAUAAUGAUUCAAAAUAUUGACCAAA